ACCAGGAAGCCCCCUGCCCAAAGGAUGUGGCUGCCACGAGUCUCCAACACGGCCGUGACCGCUCUCCUGCUGGCGCAGACAGGCCUCCUGCUCUUCCUGGUCUCCCGGCCAGGAUGGCCCGGGCCGCCUUCCCCACCUGACGGCAAGGAGCGUGUACACGUGUUGGUAUUGUCCUCCUGGCGCUCGGGUUCCUCCUUAGUGGGCCAGCUCUUUAGCCAGCACCCCGACGUCUUCUACCUGAUGGAGCCCGCAUGGCACGUGUGGACUGCCCUCUCUCAGGGCAGCGCGCCAGCGCUGCACAUGGCUGUGCGUGACCUGGUGCGGUCAGUGUUCCUGUGCGACAUGGCCGUGUUCGACGCCUACCUGCCAUGGCGCCGCAACCUAUCAGACCUCUUCCAGUGGGCGGUGAGCCGGGCGUUGUGCUCGCCGCCAGCCUGCAGCGCUUUCCCUCGCGGUGCCAUCAGCAGCGAGACGGUGUGUAAGCCGCUGUGCGCACGGCGGCCCUUCACCGUGGCUGAGGAGGCCUGCCGUUCCUACAGUCACGUGGUGCUCAAGGAGGUGCGGUUUUUCAACCUGCAGGUGCUCUACCCGUUGCUCAACGACCCUGCACUCAACCUGCGCAUUGUGCAUCUGGUGCGCGACCCCAGGGCCGUGGUGCGCUCGCGUGAGCAGACGGCCAAGGCACUGGCGCGCGACAACGGCAUCGUGCUGGGUACCAAUGGCACAUGGGUGGAGGCCGACCCGGGCCUGCGUGUGGUGCGCGAGGUGUGCCGCAGUCACGUGCGCAUCGCUGAGGCAGCCAUGCAAAAGCCGCUGCCCUUCCUACGAGGCCGCUACCGCCUGGUGCGCUUUGAGGACCUGGCGCGGGCGCCGCUGCCGGAAAUUCGCGCGCUCUAUGCCUUCGCCGGUCUGCGCCUCACGCCGCAGCUCGAGGCCUGGAUCCACAACAUCACGCACGGGGCUGGACCUGGCGUGCGCCGCGAGGCCUUCAAGACCACUUCCAGGGACGCGCUCAACGUCUCCCAGGCCUGGCGCCACGCCCUGCCCUUCGCUAAGAUCCACCGCGUGCAGGAGCUGUGUGCUGGUGCGCUGCAGCUGCUGGGCUACCGGCCCCUGUUAUCCGAGGAAGAGCAGCGCGACCUCUCCCUGGACCUGGUGCUGCCGCGCGGCCCAAGCAGCUUCAGCUGGGCGUCGUCCACCGCCGCGCACUCCAUGCCUUAG